UAAGAGCACAGAGUGAAGACCCCAGAAGAUGCUGCUUCUCCUGCUUGCCUGUCUCUUGCCUGCCAUCAAUGGGAAGAGCUGCUUCCACUGCUGGCCACAACUGCCUGCAUUGAUAGACUAUGACCUACAGAUUCUAUGGGGCUCUCCAGGACCACCCAGAGAUCUCUCCCAAAGCAUCCACUCCCUAUUCCUGAAGAAGGAUUAUGUCUUCCCAGAACCCUGGUAUCUUGAUCAUGCCCAUAUGGAGGAAGCAACAGCCAAAUUAUUCAAUCACAUAGAUGAAGCCAUUAAGAAGUUUCGAGAUGAUAAACCAUCACUUCUGAGAGAGAUUAAUGUCCAGAAACAGGUGUUUACUAACAGGCUGAAUGAGACGUCUAAGAAGCUGAGGGAGAAGGCUUGUAACAAGUCUUGUGAGCUACACCCCACAUUGGAGGUCAUCAAUUGUGCCAGCUGCAAGACACACCUUCUUACCUGCAAAGACCCAACUAUCUGCCCAGCCAGGAGCCGGAGAAUCCUCGCAUGGGUUGUGAGCUUUGGCAUUAUUCUGCUUCUGGCAGCCAUAGCUGGAAGUGGAUGGUACAUUUUCUGGCAUGAGAAGAGGAAGAAGGAAGCUGAAAAGCAGGAACCCAGCAGUCCACUGGUCUGAACCAAGAUCACAGUUGCUGUCAGGAAGCCCGUUCAUCUCUGAGUUCCAGUAACUGUCCCUUGCUUGACACUCUCCAACAGGGGGUGGUAGCAUUCCUGUGGUCCAAAAGGCUACACUCUGUCUUGUGGUUUCCCUGUGCCCAUGCCUUGUAAACACCUUUCAUUAA